UUAGUUUUUAAAUGUGGGGAAAGAAGACAGAUGACGCAAAUGAGGCUGUGCUUAUUUCGCGUGGAGCGACAAUCAUCGUCCGCCUGUCAAAGAACAAUAUGGCAGUGGUAAAGCAAUAAUUUUUGUAAAAUUUUUGGCAAGUUUUCUCUGUGAAAAUUGGUGAUAUCCGUGUGCGUGAAUUUUUGUAACUCGUGGUUGUUUGAUGGUGAUGAGUGGGAUGCUCCCGUCGUUCACGCCGCCCGUCGUAAAGCGAUUACUGGGAUGGAAAAAAGGCACUGACGCCGAUGACAGAUGGUGUGAGAAGGCCGUCAAGAGUUUAGUCAAGAAACUGAAAAAAUCGGGCGCUUUGGAGGAGCUAGAACGAGCGAUUUCGUCACAGAAUCAUAAUACGAAAUGCGUCACAAUUCCUAGAGUUCGGCCGGCUGCUGAAUUAGGCAACGUCCAGCAACAGAGGAAGGGUUUGCCCCACGUUAUUUACUGCCGGCUGUGGAGAUGGCCUGAGCUGCAAUCGCACCAUGAACUCAGACCUCUCGAAAACUGCGAAUACGCGUACAAUUUAAAAAAGGAGGAAGUCUGUGUCAAUCCAUACCACUAUACUAGAAUUGAAAGCCCAGCCCUCCCAGCCAUUUUAGUCCCCCGCCAUCCACUCAGCGACGAAAACAACUUGUUUCCGCAUUCGCUGGAAGACCUCAGCACGUCUGUGCCCGAAAACACGUCAUUUCCUCACAAUCCAAAUAGUCUAGGUUUGCAUAUGCAACAUUCUGGGGGUUACAUGGAUGCGGUUGGUAUUUGCCCGAAUGGCGCUCCUGCAAAUAUGGAAUCUCCCCACAAUGCUGCCCCACCUACUGAAACUCCUCCACCUGGUUAUAUGUCCGAAGAUGGUGAUCCGAUUGAUCCUAACGAUAACAUGAGCAUGUCCAGGAUAACGCCUAGUCCUCCCGUGGACGCGCAGCCUGUACUUUACUGUGAACCCGCUUUUUGGUGCAGUAUCAGCUACUACGAGCUGAACACACGAGUAGGGGAAACGUUUCACGCUAGCCAACCUUCAAUCACAGUGGAUGGGUUCACAGAUCCGAGCAAUUCGGAAAGAUUUUGUCUGGGGCUGUUAUCUAACGUAAAUCGGAACACCGUCGUCGAGCAAACCCGGCGGCACAUAGGAAAGGGUGUAAGACUUUAUUAUAUAGGUGGCGAAGUUUUUGCUGAAUGUUUGAGCGACUCGAGUAUUUUUGUGCAGUCACCAAAUUGUAAUCAACGGUAUGGGUGGCAUCCAGCCACCGUGUGUAAAAUUCCACCAGGAUGCAAUUUAAAAAUUUUCAACAACCAAGAAUUCGCAGCUCUUUUGUCACAGUCCGUGAGCCAGGGUUUUGAAGCUGUUUAUCAAUUGACCAGGAUGUGUACGAUAAGGAUGUCGUUUGUUAAGGGUUGGGGGGCGGAGUAUAGGCGACAAACAGUGACGUCAACACCGUGUUGGAUUGAGCUUCACUUGAAUGGACCUCUUCAGUGGUUAGAUCGUGUACUAACCCAAAUGGGCUCACCUCGGUUACCAUGCAGUUCAAUGUCGUAAAGUACUGAGUGAAAGGAGUGUCAAAUGCGGUCCGGUUUUCAGUCGUAACUCAGCUAUUAUUUUCAUUGGGAAAAAUUGUUGCAAAUCAAAUUACGUUUUGGGUGAUAUAAAAAAGUGUGGCGAUUUUUUUACAUAUAGUUACUAUUUAGCUUUACAAAAAGUUUUAUUUUACAUUUAGAGAGAUUUAUUUUAUAUUGCUGAGUUUUAAACUGUUGGUGUUGUUAGUGUUGCAAAUAUAUUACACUUUACAGGACACAAUUUCAAUUUUGGCGUAGUCAGGCAAAAGCUAAAAGUGCCCACCUGGCACUUCCGUGGCCCUGACCGGUCCAGGUGCUAACAUACAGUAAAUUUACUGUACUUUAUUAAGUUAUAAUAUUUCAUUAGACCCUACAUUUUUUAAUUUUGAACUAUCAUGCGUUCUUUUUUUUAUUAUUCGUUCAUUUGUCGCAUUUAGCUUCGAAAAACCGAACAUGACGUUUAAUUGAGUGGGAAAGUGAGAUUUGCUUAAGGUUCUAUACAGUCAAAAUUGAAAAAAAAAACAUUUUGCUAUUCCAAUUUAUUAGCAAAGUUCCUAUGUUACGCCACUGCUUCUUCCACAUCAAGCUUGAGAGCAAUUUAUUGGGCUCCCCAGGUGUGUACUUUUGGCUUUUGGACACCUCUGAAACAACUUUUUUAUGUAUUAUAAAAGACUGAAUGCUAGAAUAACUGUUUUAAUCCCAUCCAGUUAAUACGUAAAUAUUUUAUCUAAUUAUGGUAUUUGCUUUGGUAAUUGUUUGUCAGUUCAUUGUGCGCUAAACUUGAAGUUGUUCCAGAAAUUUAUUUCUAAGAUUAGAACUGUGUUGAUCAAUAAACUGACCCAGGAUUAUUUGUUGUAAAUGAGGACAUACAAGGCGGGCCUUGUAUCCAGUCACAUCCAGCAAGUGUUCCCACUUGAAGCAUUAAAAUAAAAAUCUGAUAGUCACGAUAUUGAGAACAAUGCUCCUUGUGGAGACAUUUUUUGUACGUGACCAUACCCUGUAAUUCAAUUGUUUAACCAUGUUGUGGACCUUGAAAUGAUUGCAAGUAUUAAAUUGGUUUAAGUACAAAGUAUACAGGUCACAGCAUAAAUAAAGGAACAAAAUUGGUGCUGCUGAAAUUUUUGCAAUUAAUUAUGUUGUGCAUUUGCAGCAGUAACAACAGUUGUUUUUAAGCUGUAUUGAUGGAGUUGUUUUCGUGUGAAUUCGAUGUCACAUACCGUGAUGUUUAGGUUUUAUUUUGUAGUGUUUGUUACAAGUUUUUUAGCUGAUCCAUCUUGUGAAUCACAAUUGAUGUUAUAAGCUCAUAUUUGUACUAUAUUAUUUCGUUUAUUGCAUAAGUAUAGUUUGUAUCUGGCAAUUACCAAAUUAUAUGCAUUUUACUUGACGAAAAAUAUAUAGCCGUUAAUUUACUAA